CUCUCCACUUCUCCCCUCAACUCACAGACACUAAAAAAGAAAUUCUCACUCAACUUUCGGCCUCUCCUCUCUUUCUCAAUUUCUCACACACUACACACAUUCUCCUCAACUCCCCCAAAAAUCUCUUCGUCUUUCUCUUAAUAGCACACAACAAUCGUACACACAUACAACUCCCUAUCUCAGCUCUCUUGCUCUCUGUCUCUCAAAAAAAAAAAAAAAAAAAAAAGGGCAGAAGAACAAGGAAGAUUUGUUACUGCUGUUGAAGUCGCCAUUGUCGGAGUAUGGUCACGGGCUUCUUCAAUAAAUUUGCACACUAGAAUUCAAAGGCUAUUAAGCCAGUUAAGCCUGGCCAGAUGUCAGAAAGCAGAGGUGAACCCAAGGAAAGAAUAGAUGUUGUUGAUGCUGGUCCUGUUGAAUAUGACAAUACAGAGUUGCAUCAGCAAGCUGCUCAGUAUCCUCGCCCAAAUAAGUUUAAAAGCAUGCAGGAAAUUUAUGCUAAAACUAACCUCAUAUGUCAACAUUUUCAGCCUGGCCAGAUGUCAGAAAGCAGAGGUGAACCCAAGGAAAUAACAGAUGUUGUUGAUACUGAUCAUGAAGAAGGUGUGACCUCCAGACACCCAAGAAAGAACCAAAUCAAGUCAUGUCACUAUUCAACGAGAAAUAGAAAAAGCAAAGCUUUAAUUGAUACAGCUGAUUCUGAUGUUAGCCCCCCACUCCAAGUUUGUGGGAAACUUCAGGGACCAGUAGAGUCUGAUCAUUCAAGUGCUGAAGAAGAAAUUAAAAUAGUUGGAGAGUCUUUUAUUGAGGAUGACUUCAAUGCCUAUCCUCUUCGAACUAGAAGCAGGAGAAGCAGAAGAAUGGUCAAUAGAAGUGGUUCUGAAGUUACUAUUCCAAGAAAAAGAGUUCGACGGCAACCAAGGAGACCCCUGAAUUUCAGCACUUCAAUCACAUCGGAAGGAGUUUUAAGCUCCAGGCAGUUUUAUCGCUACAUUGACCACAUAUGGAGUGAGGUUUCUGCAGAGAAGCGAAACUCAAUUGCAUACAUGGAUUGCUUGUGGUUUAACACAUACGCAGAAAGUAAAUGGAAGGAAAAGGUGUUAAAAUGGAUAGAGAGGGAAGAUAUAUUUUCAAAAAUAUAUGUUCUCGUUCCCAUUGUUCUGUGGUCUCAUUGGAAUCUCCUGAUCUUCUGCCAUUUCGGUGAAAGCCUGAAAUCAGAAAGCAGCACUCCCUGCAUGAUAUUGUUGGAUUCGCUGCACAUGGCAGAUCCUAAGAGGCUUGAACCUUUAAUUAGAAAGUUUGUUAUGGACAUAUAUAAAAAUGAGAAGAGGCCAGAAACCAAAGAAUUGAUUCGUAAAAUUCCUCUUUUGGUUCCUAGUAUUCCUCAGCAGAUAGAUGAUAAAAAAUGCGGGUAUUUUGUCCUUUACUAUAUUUAUUUGUUCAUAAAGAAUGCUCCUGAGAAGUUUGGCAUUGACGAGGGCUACCCUUACUUUAUGACAGAAGACUGGUUCACUCUUGAAGAGCUCGAUGGCUUCUGUAGAACACUCGAAUCAGUUCGGGUCGACACUACUAGCUCAGAUGAAUAGAUUGUACAGGUUUAUUGUGUAGCAGUCUGUAAUAUAGGUUGCAUCCAGGACUCUUGAAGAAGUAGCAGUGUAAGCAGAAAAAGCAAUGGUUGUGAUUAGUGAUAAUCAACAAAGGGCCUCUUCGGGGGUACAUGUUAUGAGCGGCAAACUUGAUUGUUACAUUCUGGAAACUCAUUUCAGUUUUCGCUUGGGUUCUUUCUUUUAAACAGAAAAUAGGUUUUUUGUUUUUCUUGUACUUAAUAAACCUGUAUUGUCAAGUUUUCUUUGUACUUAAUCAACUGUUGAUAAG